GGUGCUUGGGGGCCGGUAUUGAAAUAAAGGAAGUUAGAAUAUUCUGUGAAAAUGUCAGUUCUAAUAUCACAGAGUGUAAUAAAUUAUGUAGAAGAAGAAAAUAUUCCUGCUCUGAAAGCUCUUCUUGAAAAAUGCAAAGAUGUAGAUGAAAGAAAUGAGUGCGGCCAGACUCCAUUGAUGAUAGCUGCUGAGCAGGGGAAUCUGGAAAUAGUGAAAGAAUUAAUUAAGAAUGGAGCCAAUUGCAAUCUGGAAGACUUGGAUAACUGGACAGCACUUAUAUCAGCAUCUAAAGAAGGACAUGUGCACAUUGUGAAAGAACUGCUUAAAUGCGAGGUUAACCUGGAACACCGAGACAUGGGAGGAUGGACAGCACUUAUGUGGGCAUGUUAUAAAGGGCGUACAGAGGUAGUAGAGUUGCUUCUUUCUCAUGGUGCCAAUCCCAGUGUCACUGGUCUGCAGUACAGUGUUUACCCAAUCAUUUGGGCUGCCGGGAGAGGUCAUGCAGAUAUAGUGCAUCUUUUACUACAGAAUGGUGCUAAAGUCAACUGCUCUGAUAAGUACGGAACAACCCCCUUGGUUUGGGCUGCACGAAAGGGUCAUUUGGAAUGUGUAAGGCAUUUAUUAGCCAUGGGAGCUGAUGUUGAUCAAGAAGGAGCUAAUUCAAUGACUGCACUUAUUGUGGCAGUAAAAGGAGGCUACACACAGUCAGUAAAGGAAAUUUUGAAGAGGAAUCCAAAUGUUAAUUUAACUGAUAAGGAUGGAAAUACUGCUUUGAUGAUUGCUUCCAAGGAGGGUCAUACAGAGAUUGUACAGGAUCUUCUUGAUGCUGGAACAUAUGUUAACAUACCGGAUAGGAGUGGGGAUACUGUAUUGAUUGGUGCUGUAAGAGGUGGUCAUGUGGAAAUUGUUCGAGCACUUCUUCAAAAAUAUGCUGAUAUAGACAUCAGGGGUCAGGACAAUAAAACUGCGUUGUAUUGGGCAGUUGAGAAAGGAAAUGCAACAAUGGUGAGAGAUAUCUUACAGUGUAAUCCUGACACUGAAAUAUGUACAAAGGAUGGGGAAACACCACUUAUAAAGGCCACUAAGAUGAGAAAUAUUGAAGUGGUAGAGUUGCUGCUAGAUAAAGGAGCUAAGGUCUCUGCUAUAGACAAGAAAGGAGAUACUCCUUUACACAUUGCUAUUCGUGGGCGGAGUCGGAAACUGGCAGAACUUCUUCUGAGAAAUCCCAAAGAUGGAAGAUUACUCUACAGGCCCAACAAAGCAGGAGAGACUCCUUAUAACAUUGACUGUAGCCACCAGAAAAGUAUUUUAACUCAGAUAUUUGGAGCCAGACACUUGUCUCCUACGGAAACAGAUGGUGACAUGCUUGGUUAUGACUUAUACAGCAGUGCCCUGGCAGAUAUUCUUAGUGAACCUACCAUGCAGCCACCUAUUUGUGUAGGACUGUAUGCACAGUGGGGAAGUGGGAAAUCUUUCUUACUCAAGAAACUAGAAGAUGAAAUGAAGACUUUUGCAGGACAGCAGAUUGAACCUCUUUUUCAGUUUUCAUGGCUUAUUGUAUUUCUUACCCUGCUGCUUUGUGGAGGGCUUGGAUUAUUAUUUGCUUUUACAAUUGACCUAAAUCUUGGAAUAGCAGUGUCAUUGAGCUUCUUGGCUCUUUUAUACAUCUUUUUCAUUGUCAUUUACUUUGGUGGACGAAGAGAAGGAGAGAGUUGGAAUUGGGCCUGGGUCCUUAGUACUCGAUUGGCAAGACAUAUUGGAUAUUUGGAACUCCUCCUCAAAUUGAUGUUUGUGAAUCCUCCUGAAUUGCCAGAACAAACUACUAAAGCUUUACCUGUAAGGUUUUUAUUUACAGAUUAUAAUAGGUUAUCCAGUGUAGGUGGAGAAACAUCAAUGGCUGAAAUGAUCGCGACUCUCUCAGAUGCUUGUGAAAGAGAGUUUGGGUUUUUGGCAACCAGACUCUUCCGAGUAUUUAAGACUGAAGACUCACAGGGUAAAAAGAAGUGGAAAAAGACAUGUUGCCUCCCAUCUUUUGUCAUCUUUCUUUUCAUCUUGGGCUGCGUCAUUGCUGGUAUUACGCUUCUGGCUAUAUUCAGAGUUGACCCUGAACAUUUGACUGUGAAUGCUGUCCUCAUAUCAAUUGCCUCAAUAGUAGGGAUGGCUUUGGUAUUGAACUGUCGUACAUGGUGGCAGGUGCUAGACUCUCUCCUAAAUUCGCAAAGGAAACGCCUCCAUAAUGCUGCUUCCAAGCUGCACAAAUUAAAAAGUGAAGGUUUCAUGAAAGUUCUUAAGUGUGAAGUAGAAUUGAUGGCCAGAAUGGCAAAAACUAUUGAUAGCUUCACUCAGAAUCAGACACGACUGGUAGUUAUCAUCGAUGGACUAGAUGCCUGUGAACAAGACAAAGUUCUUCAGAUGUUGGACACUGUCCGCAUUCUGUUUUCCAAAGGCCCAUUCAUUGCUAUCUUUGCAAGUGACCCACAUAUCAUUAUAAAGGCAAUUAAUCAGAACCUCAAUAGUGUGCUUCGUGACUCUAAUAUUAAUGGACAUGAUUACAUGCGCAAUAUAGUUCAUUUGCCUGUUUUCCUUAAUAGUCGUGGACUAAGUAAUGCAAGAAAAUUUCUUGUAACUUCAACAACAAAUGGGGACAUUCCAUGCUCAGAUUCUACAGGAAUCCAGGAGGAUGCUGACAGAAGAGUAUCACAAAUUAGCCUUGGAGAGAUAACUAAACUCGGUAGCAAAACAGCCCUCAAUAGACGGGAUACUUACCGACGAAGGCAGAUGCAGCGGACUAUCACUCGCCAGAUGUCCUUCGAUCUUACCAAACUAUUGGUUACAGAGGACUGGUUCAGUGACAUAAGUCCUCAGACCAUGAGAAGAUUACUUAAUAUUGUUUCUGUGACAGGGAGGUUGCUGAGAGCCAAUCAGAUUAGUUUCAACUGGGACAGGCUUGCUAGUUGGAUCAAUCUUACCGAGCAGUGGCCAUACCGAACUUCAUGGCUCAUAUUAUAUUUGGAAGAGACUGAAGGUAUUCCAGAUCAGAUGACAUUAAAAACCAUCUAUGAAAGAAUAUCAAAAAAUAUUCCAACAACGAAAGAUGUUGAGCCACUACUUGAAAUAGAUGGAGACAUAAGAAAUUUUGAAGUGUUUUUAUCUUCAAGGACUCCAGUUCUUGUGGCUCGAGAUGUGAAAACCUUUUUGCCAUGCACUGUAAACCUAGACCCCAAAUUACGGGAAAUUAUUGCAGAUGUUCGUGCUGCCAGAGACCAGAUUAAUAUCGGAGGACUUGCAUAUCCUGCUCUAUCUUUACAUGAAGCUCCUGCAAGAGCACCGUCUGGAUACAGUCAGGCUCCGUCUGUCUGUUCUUCCUCUACUUCCUUCAAUGGGCCUUUUGGAGGCGGGGUUGUAUCUCCACAGCCUCACAGCAGCUAUUACAGUGGUAUGACAGGACCUCAGCAUCCGUUCUACAACAGGCCAUUCUUUGCCCCAUACCUUUAUACGCCAAGGUAUUACCCUGGCAGUACCCAACAUCUCAUCUCACGUCCAUCAGUAAAAACGAAUUUGCCCAGAGAUCAAAGCAGUGGCCUAGAGGUUAUCAAGGAGGAUGCUGCUGAGGGGGUUUCUUCACCCACAGACUCCUCGAGGGACCAGACUUGGAUGCGAAUGUUAAAGAUACCAAGGGGAUCAGGCCCAGCCUCAGGACCAGUGAUAUCACUGAAUUCAAUGAAUGUGGAUGCAGUUUGUGAGAAGCUGAAACAAAUAGAAGGGUUGGACCAGAGUAUGCUGCCUCAGUAUUGUGCAACAAUCAAAAAGGCGAACAUAAAUGGUCGUGUAUUAGCUCAGUGUAACAUUGAUGAGCUGAAGAAAGAGAUGAGUAUGAAUUUUGGAGACUGGCACCUUUUUAGAAGCACAGUACUAGAGAUGAGAAAUGCAGAGAACCAAGUGGUCCCUGAAGAACCACGUUUGCUGAGUGAAAACAACAGUGGCCCAGUGUCUCAUGGUGAAACUGCUCGUCAUUCUUCGCACAAUGAACUGCCUCAUACCGAGCUGUCCAAUCAGCCCUACACACUGAACUUCAGCUUUGAAGAACUGAAUACACUUGGCCUGGAUGAGGGUGCCCCACGUCAUAGUAAUCUAAGUUGGCAGUCACAAACUCGAAGAACCCCAAGUCUUUCGAGUCUUAAUUCCCAGGAUUCCAGUAUUGAAAUUUCAAAGCUUACUGAUAAGGUGCAGGCUGAGUAUAGGGAUGCCUAUAGAGAAUAUAUUGCUCAGAUGUCACAGCUAGAAGGGGGAACAGGGUCUACAACAAUUAGUGGCAGAUCUUCUCCACAUAGUACAUAUUACAUGGGUCAGAGUUCAUCAGGGGGCUCUAUUCAUUCUAAUCUAGAAGCAGAAAAAGGUAAAGACAGUGAACCAAAACAAGAUGAUGGAAGGAAGGCAUUUUUAAUGAAGAGGGGAGAUGUUAUAGACUAUUCAUCAUCAGGGGUUUCUACUAGUGAUGCCUCACCAUUGGAUCCUAUCACUGAGGAAGAUGAAAAAUCUGAUCAGUCAGGCAGUAAGCUUCUCUCCAGCAAGAAAUCUUCAGAAAGGUCUAGUCUCUUCCAGACAGACUUGAAGCUUAAAGGAGGUGGACUGCGCUAUCAAAAACUUCCAAGUGAUGAAGAUGAGUCUGGAACAGAAGAAUCGGAUAAUACUCCACUGCUCAAAGAUGACAAAGAUAAAAAGGCUGACGGGAAAGUAGAAAGAGCAUCCAAGUCUCCUGAACACAGUGCUGAACCCAUUAGAACCUUCAUUAAAGCUAAAGAGUAUUUAUCCGAUGCCCUUCUUGACAAAAAAGAUUCAUCUGAUUCAGGAGUGAGAUCCAAUGAAAGCUCUCCAAAUCACUCUCUUCACAAUGAAGCUGCUGACGAUGCCCAGCUUGAAAAGGCAAAUCUCAUAGAACUUGAAGACGACAGCCAUCCUGGAAAAAGGGGAAUACCACAUAGCUUGAGUGGCCUGCAAGACCCAAUCAUAGCUCGGAUGUCCAUUUGCUCAGAAGACAAGAAAAGCCCUUCCGAGUGUAGCUUAAUAGCCAGUAGCCCCGAGGAGAACUGGCCAUCGUGUCAGAAAGCCUACAAUCUGAAUCGUACACCCAGUACUGUGACCCUGAACAACAACAGUGCCCCCACUAAUCGAGCUAAUCAGAAUUUUGAUGAAAUGGAGGGAAUUAGGGAUACUUCACAGGUCAUUUUGAGGCCUAGUUCCAGCUCCACCUCAACUUCUGUUCAGAAUGAAAAUCUGAAAAGCAUGGCACAUAAGCGAAGCCAGCGUUCAAGUUACACAAGGCUCUCAAAAGAUUCUUCAGAGCUUCAUGCAGUAGCCUCUCCUGAGAGUACAGGUUUUGGAGAGGAAAGAGAAAGCAUUCUUUAAGGAAGAAUAAGCAGAAGUAGAACCGUAUUGAGUUUUAUAGUGAAUCUGUCCAUGCAUAUUAUCUGUAUAUAUGUCAUAAUAAUGUCUGAGAAGACCUUUGGUUAAAGAGACAUAGUAUUCAAUAAAGCAAACUAGAGGAGAGAGUGGUUAUCACCCAACCAUCCAUGCUUAUAGUUAGAAGCUUAAGAAUUCAAAUACUGUUAAUUUGAUCUUUAUUGGUACAUAACCCCAUAAAAAUGUUUGAGAUAAGAUCUGAAAUGAAGAUAAAUCAAGUAAAUUAUUAAACAAAGGACUUAAUUUGCCAAACAAAGUAAGAAUUUAGAGACUCUUUUUGUAGGAGAUUUACUUAUCAAAUAUUUGAGAGAAAACAUGGAAUUAGAUGAUCCAGACGUAAAUUUUACUCUCUUUAGAUUCAAAAUAGAAAUGGAAACUUACAGAGUAGUCCACAGAUUAAAAAGUAUAAUUUAAAGACCAGUAACCAGUAUUCUAUGUACUAACAAAUUUCAUAUUAAACUUUUUCAAGUAGAAAAUAUAUGAUAAAGGGGAAUUGAUAGGAAAGUAAGUCAUUUAUGCACAAGGUAAAGUCCCAUAACUAGCCAUUAGUUGCAAGGACCAUGACCUUACAAGGAGGUCACCUGGUUGGUCUCCAAAUUUCUAGACCUGACUUCAGGCAUUUUCCAUCUGCUUGAGAACCCACCCUGGUUUGCUCUAACUCAUUAAAUUUUGUUUCCACCAUUUUUCAUUGACCAUUGAAAUAUGAGAGGAAAAAUAUUAAAUGUAGGAUAACUUACUAAUAACAGGCAAUAAUAAAUACUAUGGAGUGAGCAAAUGAGGAGACAGUUACAUCAGGAAGGUCACUGGCAGCUGGCAAUUGACAAAGAAACUAGAUAAAGUGAAAUAAUUAUCUUCUGUAGCACAGCAGAGUUUAUUUACUUUGUCUAUUCCUAAGUUAGACCAAGGGGAAUGAUCAUAUGCAAGAAAAUACUUUUUUAAAGAGUAAAAACAUGUGAUAAAAAAGAUUACACCGAUGUGACUUUUCAUUUAUUGUUAGAGUAGAGGGAAUGAUCAUAUUUCAGUACUGAGUAAACUAGACAUGUACCUGUCUCCAAGCAUUGCUCCUUUUGUUCUUGAACUUUAGCUUAAUUUAUGUGGAAUUAAUUUUGGCAGUAUGUCCUCAGUCACAGAGAAUAUUAUACGUGUGGAUAUCGUGAAUGUGCUCUUACCUGAAUGUUAGUGUUAUAUUUGUGAUGACUAUCAUCUAAUUAAUUUUACUAAGUUAAUGCAUAAAUUUAUUUACUUAACAAGUGAUUGCACUUGGUAAUUGCUAUAUUUGUUUUCAUUACCUUGGUGUUGAGUAUAUGCUAACAUUUUUCAUAAAGUGUUCACUUUGCAUGAUUUUAACAAAUGUUUUAACCAGUUUUUUAAAGAUAUGUUAUUGAUAUCAUUGAAAUGUUUUAACAGUUUAAGAGUUAUGGUAUUAGUUUUCAAUAUUGUAUAAUUAGUCAUUAUUUCUCAGGCAAUAUUUUGUUUCUUUACUGAGAGUAUAUUCUGCUUAAUAUUGUUGUCGUAUGUAUACUGUUUAUGAAGUUAACAUAGAGUAUUAAGUGUACAAAUAGACUUAGAAAACAAUAAAAAAAAUUGCAUGCUA